AUGAAGGGAUUCUUUAAAGCCUUCCGCCUAAGGCGGACAAAAAGCCGUGGCUCUCCAGAGGAGCAGCAACAGCAGCAACAGCAACAACUGCAGCAGCAACUGCAGCAGCAACAGCAGCAACAGCAGCAAAAGGUGCAUCAGCAACAACAACAGCUGCAGCAGCAACGACAGCAGCAGCAACAACAGCAGCAGCAGCAGCGGAAGGAACAUGACCAUAGCCAACGUUUGCUGCUGCCAGAGCAGCAGCACAAUGCUCGUGAGUAUAGACAAAUGAGCAGCCAACAGAGCCGACAGCAGCAGCAGCAGCAGCAGCAGCAGCAGCAACUGCAGCAGCAGCAGCAGCUGUUGAGCUACCGCGCAUCUGCUGCUAAUGGUGUUGCAUUAAGUAGCAGUGGAGGCAGCAGCUGCAACAACAACAACAGCAACAGCAGCAGCAACAGCAGCAACAGCAAAAGAAGCAGCAAUAGCAGCAACAGGAGCAACAGCAGCAGCAUGGAUGUUAACUCUGUUGUAUGGGCAGAUCCUCCUCCUCCUAAGAGUGUUGCUUCCUUCUGUCCCGCAGCAGCAGCAGCAGCAGCAGCAGCAGGACUAGCAGCAGCAGAUUCGGAUGCAUGCAGCGACCGGUUUAGGUCCGAUGAAGAAGAGGCAGCAGCAGCAGCAGCAGCAGCAGCAAAGCUGCAGCAUUCCUUGGGUGUACACAGGGAGAGCAGCAACAGGCCUCGUGCUCUAUCUCCUCGAGCAGCAGCAGCAGAAGCAGCAGCAAGAGCAGCAGCAGAAGCAGCAGCAGCAGCAGAAGCAGCAGCAGCAAAAGAUUGUUGGGAUGUAGAAGGAUAUCCAGCAGCAGCAGCAGCAGCAGCAGCAGAAGGUGUCCUAUAUAGUGCCUCUCUUGCUGCUGCUGCUCUUGAUGUCUCCUCCCUCCCUCUUAGCCCAGCAGAAAAGGGACUACUUGCUGCCCUUAAGCUUCCUUAUCUAGAUUAUCCUUUACCUCCUGCAUUGCUGCUAGAGGAAGCAAUGAAGAGUAAGGAGGACCCCCGUGCUGCUGCUGCUGCUGCUGCUACGUUGCUGCAGCAGCAGCCGCAGCCAUUACCUAGAUCAAGGGUACCCAGGUCCCCUACAAGCAGAGGCACCCACAACCACACCAGCAGCAACAGCAACAACAGCAGCAGCUGCAGCAGCAGCAGCAGCAGCAGCAGCAGCAGCAGGCUAGAGGUAGAGGAUGCUGCCUCUGUCCUGUCUCUUCCCUUAGCUCAUCGUCGUCGUCUUUUGUUCAAUAUGUUAGCCAACUUCUGUAUGGAGACUAAUGCAGGCAAGUCUACUGCAGCAGCAGCAGCAGCAGCAGCAGCAGCAGCAGCAGCAGCAGCAGCAGCAGCAGCAACAGCAGCAACAUCAGCAGCAGAUGCAGAUGCAGAAGCAGAACGAGAUAUUUGCUAG